AUGUCAGUGGAUAAUAGUAAAACGAGGCGUGCACGAUCAGCAUUUGCUCCAUCACCAAAAUCUAAUUUUGGUCCAAAAGCUACACUUAAAAAGAUACAAAAUAACGAACAACUUAUUGUUAUUCAAGAUCCAUCUACCCAACGAUUACAUUGGAUAUCUCCUCCAAACAAUAUUCUUAUUAUACGUAAACCAGGACCACAAACAUUGCCAGAAUUUCGACAAUUAGUCCUAAAACUUCUUAAACGUCGUCUAAAUGUUUAUGUUGAAAUGCCUGAACAUAUGCAUCUCCCAUUUGCUAAUGAUGCUGAACUAAAAGAACAUGCUGAACGUUGUCUGGCUUUUGAUCAUGAAAAUGAUAUGACAAAAAUUGAUUUAAUCAUUUGUUUGGGUGGUGAUGGUACACUUUUACAUGCAUCAAGUAUGUUUCAAAAAAGUUGUCCACCUGUUUUAUCAUUUUCAAUGGGUUCACUUGGAUUUUUAACUCCAUUCGAUUUUAAAUAUCAUGAAAAAAUUAUAAAUGAAGUUAUAUCUGGAAAUGUUGCUGUUUUAUUACGUACACGUUUAAAAUGCUCAAUUGUUAAAGAAGGUUCAAGAAAAAAAUCUUCAUCAGAAGCAUCAUUUCAUUCUGUUUCAUCGGAUGAUUUAACAAAUGAUGACAAGCAAAAACAAUCAAAUAAAGAUGAAAAAAUAUCUCAUUUAGCAUUAAAUGAAGUUGUGAUUGAUCGUGGACCAAAUUCAUAUUUAUCAAAUCUUGAUUUAUAUAUUAAUGAUCGAUUUAUUACAAAAGUGCAAGGUGACGGUUUGAUUGUUUCAACACCUACUGGUUCUACAGCUUAUGCAAUGGCUGCUGGUUCUUCUAUGGUUCAUCCAAAUGUACCUGCGAUGGUUAUAUGUCCUAUCUGCCCACAUUCCUUAUCAUUUCGACCAAUUGUUGUUCCUGCCGGUAUUGAACUGAAAGUAAAAGUUUCUGAAGAUACUCGUCUUACUGCAUGGCUUUCUGUUGAUGGACGAAAUCGACAUGAAUUACAACAACAAGACAGUGUACGAAUAACAACAAGUGUUUAUCCAAUACCAUCAAUUUGUCGGUUUGAUCAAUUAGGUGAUUGGUUUGAAUCCUUAGCCGAUAUACUUCAUUGGAAUUUACGUAAAACACAAUUAAAUCUUGGUACUGAUCAUUCAAUUUCAAAUGAUGAACAAGUUGAUACAGAUGAAAAAAAAGAUCCUUUAACUACAGAAACAUCAUAA